AUGUUUAUAACCCAGUCGAACGCGAACGCCCAAAUGCCCAUGGCACACACACUCGUCUCCGUCCUUCACCUACGUCGAAAGCUAUUCGUUCAAGCUCGCGAUGACAUUCGUGGACCCACAAACAAUCAUCGUCUCAAAAAGCGCCAGGCCCACGCAUAUCUUGGUGGCACAGGGCAAGCCACCGAUAGCUGUACGGAGGCCGUGGUAUACAGCUUAGUCAAUGGCAGACUGUUUGCGAACUCGACUUCUGGCGCUUUACAGUUCGGAACCACAUCGGGCACGACCUAUGCCAAUUUUACAGCAAGCGUCAAUCCCGGAGAUGUCACUACUGCUUUUUCUGUCGAUAUGGAGAACAACCUAAUGUGGAGCAAUUCCGCUUCCUACAACAUGAGGGCCAGAUUUUGUGUUCUUUCUCACAGUACCAUUAUUUCAGUUUUUGGCGAUCCGAUGCUUGCGCCACCGGAUUGUCUUUUCGUCUCAUUGAGCAUGACGAGGGUCAGCUCCUGCGCUGCUGUUGGUGCCUCAACCCUGAGUGGACCAUCUGGACCUGCUGGACCGAUGGGUCCUACUGGUCCUACCGGAGUUACUGGACCAAGCGGACCACAGGGCAUUCAGGGGCCUUCUGGUCCGCCAGGCCCAGCAGGCCCAACUGGUGAGCAAGGUGUUCAAGGGGAACAAGGGCCGUCGGGGCCGUCGGGCGUAACCGGAGCCCAAGGUUUGCAAGGACCGACUGGAGUCUCUGGGCCAUCAGGUCCUAGUGGCCCGUCAAGACCAACUGGAGCGCAAGGGGUUCCAGGUCCGACCGGAGCAGUUGGGCCUUCUGGUCCUCCCGGUCCAGCUGGUCCGACCGGAGCACAAGGUAACCAAUUCCCCCAGGACCUUAGACAGCCUGAUAGCUUCAGUAUCAUAUGGCAUCUUACCCCUACCUGGCCUCCUUACUACACCUUAUCCAUAAGGUUCAUGACAACCAAUGGAUCCAGGGGAUUCAAGGCAUUCAAGGCAUUCAAGGCCCAACAGGAACGCAAGCGAUACAGGGGAUACAGGGGAUACAGGGGAUACAGGGCGUCCGAGGUCCUUCCGGGCCGUCUGGCCCGUCUGGUCCAGCCGGACCAACCGGAGCCACGGGCGCGACGGGCGCAACCGGAGCACAAGGUCCAAAGGGCGAUGCUACAAUCCAACUUUGCGUACUUGGGCUGCUGGUCGCAAGGCUGCAACAGUGUGGGCUCCUGUGUGGCGCUCGGCAUGUAUGGAUUCGACAGCCAGACCACGUCGGGCGGCUUCAACGCGACCUUGACAGGCAGCUCUAUGAACAACAUAGACGCUCAAUGCGCCGCGAUCUGUAUCACCAAGAACGGGGCAAACUUCUUCGGCACCGUCUUCGCUUCAUCGGGGGCGACGGCGGAUUGCUAUUGCGGGAGCGCCCUCACGGGCCUGUCGUCGAGUCAAACGAACUGUGUACCGUGUUUUGGGCAGUCUGUUGGAUUGUGCGGGAAAUAUCAGAUGUCGAUUGCGGUCUACGCGAGGGCUUUCUGA